AUGAUAGGCCGCUCAGACGGUUCGACUCUUGGUGGGGCCCGCAUGUACAAUAGGAAUAAGGACGCAUUUCCCUUACUUGAUUUCAAAGAGCUCUCGAUAUGCCUCCAAACAAUGGAGUUUACCGCCAGCGAGGAGCUCAUUUCCAGACCAACGAGCCAAUACAUAAAAACACUAUUUGAGCAGUUUGUUGAUAUAUUCAUGGGUCUUUCCAUACAACUGACAGAAGAGCUAUCGAACGAUUUACUAAGAAGAAAUAAUGGCUUCAGCCAUGAUUCGCAUCCAGAAGACGAACAGAACAACGGGCGAUUCGAUGCUAAGAAGGACGACACCUCGCAACUGAUCCCAUUAAUGAUCUUAUUUCGGUGCUCCUUGGCAUUUCUUGAGAAGUGUGGUGUUCAUGAUUUCAACAUCAUGGACCUCAAGAAACCAGAUUCCCAGCGGAUACGACGAAUACUAAGUGCUGUGAUCAAUUUCGCCCGUUUCCGUGAAGAAAGAAUGAAAGAUUGUGAGCCAAUUGCGCAGGUUUGUGAAGAACUUUCCGAAGAUGCUAGAAAAGUUGAGUCUGAAAUCGUCCUGGUGCAGAAUGAGAUCGACAAGCUCAGGGAACAGGUAGGGGAAAACAACGAGGGAAAUAAGAAGUCUACGCUAGCUCAGCUAAAUAAUUACAAUUCCAAGCUACAAGCGGAGCUAAAGAAUUUGGAGAAGGCGUCAACUCAACUUCAACUAGAACACGCCCAGUACAAGGAACAGAAGAAUGGUCUCCUAGAUCAAUUUAAAGACCUACAUUGGUUGGUAGAAAAAGAGGCACUCGAUGUCGAGAAGUAUAAGAGCUUCAUGUUGAUUAAUGCCAGUGAGCUCAAUACCAUUCUUGACGAUCUCAAGAAAAGUCUUGAGGACGCUGAGCAGGAACUUCGAGCAGGUGAGAUCAAGCUUCAGAAUCGCUCAAAAACCAUUGAAUCUAUCAAAACCACGGAAGAUGAGCUUAAAAACAUUCUUACAAUUGUGCAGAGUAUUAUUGACGACCUUGUUCGCUUAGAGGAAGUAAGAACUGCAAUUGAUAAACAAUUGGCGCUGCGGGAUAAAGAAAUCACCAAUAUUGAGGAGAUCGAAACACUGAUACGAGAAUCCGAAAGAUUUCUCAAAAAUCACGAAGAAAAGAUUCAGAAUACCAACAAGCUAGCAUCGAAGAAACGCGAGGACGCCAAGCACAGGUUAAAAAUACUAGAAGAAGAAUAUGCUCGUCUUACCGACGAGAGGGGUGUAAGAGAAAAGAAGAUGGAUCAAAACAGACUUAUCAUAAAAAGUCUAGAGGAGGACAUCAGCAAAAUGAAAGCAGCCUUCGAGCGCGAGAAACGCGACAUUGAGACUGCUAUUACUAGGCUAAAUGCUCACAUCAGGUCAUACUUGUCUGAUAUGAACAAUGUAUAA